AUGAUGAUCUCGGCACAAGUCUCUCAUUCCUACAUAGUACCAGGCGAGGCGUGCGUGAAGAACUGCGUCGCAAAUGUGUGCAUGAAGGCAUCAAACAAAGCGACUCCAUCCACAUGUGACGAUCCUUGCAAAAAAAUGUGUGAUCCAUUAAGCGGUGCGCAGUACAUCGUUCCUCGUGGUGGUCGUAAUCCAGUCAAAGCCUUCUGCAAAACAUUUACCUGGAUGUGCCAGUAA